AUGGACCCUGCCUGCGGGACAGUGGGAUCGGUGGCGCUCGUGGCCAGCGGCGGAACCGGCGUGAGUGCAAAGGCGCCCAAACAUCUGUGGAGGCAGCAGAACCAAGCCGCGCUCUCUCCGCUGCACCACGCGCUGGUCGUGCGUAAGAACGAGCGCGUCAGACAAAGGGGCUUUUCGGACACCGAGAGAUACUUGCUCCCGAGGAACAUGGACAGGACUUACGCCAUGGACACGGGGCACCGGCCCGGGCUCAAGAAAUCCCGGAUGUCUUGGCCGUCGUCGUUUCAAGGGCUUCGACGUUUCGACGUGGACAAUGGCACGUCGUCUGGCCGCAGCCCCCUGGACCCCAUGGCCAGUCCGGGUUCAGGGCUCAUCCUCCAGGCCAACUUUGUGCACAGCCAGAGGAGGGAGUCCUUCCUCUACCGCUCCGACUCCGACUAUGACCUCUCCCCCAAGUCCAUGUCCAGAAACUCCUCCAUAGCCAGCGACAUUCAUGGCGACGAUAUGAUUGUAACACCAUUUGCACAGGUUCUGGCCAGUUUGAGAACCGUGCGAAACAACUUUGGUGCAUUAACUAACCUCCAACAAGACCGAGCCUCCAAUAAGAGAUCACCCAUGUGCAACCCGCCCCCCAUCACCAAGACCACCUUUACGGAGGAGGCCUACCAAAAGCUGGCCACAGAGACCCUGGAGGAGCUGGACUGGUGCCUGGACCAGCUGGAGACCCUGCAAACCCGGCAUUCAGUCAGUGAGAUGGCCUCCAAUAAGUUCAAGAGGAUGUUGAAUCGCGAGCUCACACACCUUUCCGAGAUGAGCCGCUCCGGAAACCAGGUCUCCGAGUUCAUCUCCAGCACUUUCUUAGAUAAGCAGCAUGAGGUGGAGAUGCCGUGUCCUCAAACUCAAAAGGACAAAGAGAAGAACAAACCCAUGUCUCAAAUCAGCGGAGUGAAGAAGCUGCAGCACUCGUCCAGUCUCACCAACUCCAACAUCCCACGCUUCGGAGUCAAGACGGAGACUGAGGACGCGCUGGCGAAGGAGCUGGAACAUGUAAAUAAAUGGGGCCUUAAUGUUUUUAAAAUCUCUGAGUUUUCUGGGAAUCGGCCGCUGACAGUCAUGAUGUACACCAUAUUCCAGGAGCGAGACCUAUUGAAGACUUUUAAAAUCCCCCUGGACACCUUUAUAACGUACCUGAUGACCUUAGAGGACCAUUACCACGGCGAUGUGGCCUAUCACAACAACAUCCACGCUGCCGACGUCACCCAGUCCACGCACGUGCUGCUGUCCACCCCUGCCCUCGAGGCUGUGUUCACCGACCUGGAGAUCUUGGCUGCCAUCUUUGCCAGUGCGAUCCACGAUGUCGACCAUCCAGGAGUCUCCAACCAGUUUCUCAUCAACACAAACUCUGAGCUGGCUCUGAUGUACAACGAUUCGUCUGUGCUGGAGAAUCACCAUUUGGCCGUGGGCUUCAAACUGCUCCAGGAGGAGAACUGUGACAUCUUCCAGAACCUGACCAAAAAACAGAGACAAUCACUGAGAAAGAUGGUCAUCGACAUCGUGUUGGCCACAGACAUGUCUAAGCACAUGAACCUCCUGGCUGAUCUGAAGACCAUGGUGGAGACUAAGAAGGUGACAAGCUCCGGAGUGCUGCUACUGGACAACUACUCUGACAGGAUACAGGUUCUUCAGAACAUGGUGCACUGUGCAGACCUGAGUAACCCCACCAAGCCCCUGCAGCUGUACAGACAGUGGACGGACCGCAUCAUGGAGGAGUUCUUCAGCCAGGGCGACAGAGAGAGGGAGCGGGGCAUGGAGAUCAGCCCCAUGUGUGACAAACACAACGCCUCUGUGGAGAAGAGCCAGGUGGGCUUCAUCGACUACAUCGUGCACCCGCUGUGGGAGACGUGGGCCGACCUGGUGCACCCUGACGCGCAGGACAUCCUGGACACUCUGGAGGACAACCGCGAGUGGUACCAGAGCACCAUCCCCCAGAGCCCCUCCCCCGCACUCGACCAGACCGACGAUGGCAGCGGGCGCCCACCAGGGGGAGACAAAUUCCAGUUCGAACUCACCCUAGAGGAGGACGGAGAGUCGGACACGGAGAAAGACAGCGCCAGCCAGCCCGAGGAGGAGGAGGAGGAGGAGGAGGAAGAGGAGAACAGCUGUACCGACUCCAAAACGCUGUGUACGCAGGACUCCGAGUGCACUGAGAUCCCCCUGGACGAGCAGGUGGGGGACGACGAGGAGGAGGAGGAGGAAGAGGAGGAGCGGGCGGCGGAGGAGGGAGACGCUCUGUGCUCUUCGUCUUGUGUCCCUGAGGAAGACGAGGAGGACGCAGAAGAAGACAGGACCCCUGACACAUAG